CCUCAAAGGCUCGCCAUCUACCACAUCUCAAGGUGAAGGAGGUGGGAAACAAUAUUGGCUGCUUCCUCUUUCGAUAGGUGGAUUCCAGUCUAGAUCUUCCCAAUCUGUUAAAGAUGUCUCAGCGGAGCAAAAAAAAGACUUCCAAAAGUGGACAUUCUAAGAACAACUCAACGCAGCGCCCAGUUCUCACCGGGGCGAAAAUGGAUUCGUUGGGUUUCCAAGCGAUGGAGAGUAACGUUCCCGGGCUGUCCCAAGUUAUCCUUCAGAAACUCAACAUGAAGAAUUACGAUGAAUAUAGAUCUGCACUGGAGGGCAAAGCCCCCUGCACGGAUUUUGGUAUCCGAUCCUACUUUGAGAUGUUUCAGAAAAUGGAAGACACGUUCAAAUUUUGCGUCGAGUGCAAGAAACUUCCCGAUUCUCUACCUGAUCCAAAAAGCCUACGGCGUUGCAAAAGAUGUCAGAAUGUCUAUUAUUGUGGCUCCGAUUGUCAACGGUUGAACUGGCCCAGCCACAAAAAAUUCUGCAAGAAACUGAAGCUGGCAGUCGUCGACCGACUUGCAGAAUGGCUGGUAUUCACAGGUGACAUCCCUUUCCACACAAGCACAUGGACAAAAAAUAUCCAGGACCUGCAAGGCUGGGAAGACUGGUUCUUGAUGCAGGAACAUCUGGAUGAAAAGCUUAACGCUAUCAAAGCCGGACAUUAUAUGAACAUUCUCUGGGCCAAUGCGGGCAAACCAAAACCCAACGAAGUCGAGCUGAUGGAGUCCAUCAAGAGGGUGACCACAGAUUUUGUCUCCACGCCGGUCACCAUUGGCUUCGGGCUGAGCAUGUUCCAUCUGGAUCCUUAUGCCAAGCCGCUCACGGUGCAUAUGGUUGGAGCUUCUCAUGUGGAGACCCUCAACGCUCGGGUGACGGAUUACGAUGAGCUCUCCCAGAUGUUUCCAAAGCAUCAAGGCAUAGAGGUGGUCAUGGUGGGGACGGAUGUGGUAGAUGGACCCAUCAUGAGACCUCCGCUGGUGACCUUUGGACCUCGGCAAAGGGUCUACCUAAGCAGCUACAAGGACCUUUAUCACAACUUCUGGGAAUCGCAGGUGGAAACUCAGCAAGCGGCGCGACCGGAUCUUGUGGUCGCCUUCCAUGCAGGGUUCCAUGCCUGUCCUGAUCUGAUGGCAAGUUGGCUUCCCACGUUGCUGCUUCUACGAGAUUACAAGAUCCCUUCUUUAUUCACCAUGUACAGUGAACAGGAGCUAAAGCAGUCCCUCAGAAUCUUGAUGGAGCUGGAGACCCAGAUCAUAAGCUGUGGGGCCAAUCCCUUUGCCUCCCUCAAACCGGAGCAGGCCCAUUCAAACCCUAACAAGCCACCUGUCUACGCCAACUCCCACUACCUCCUGUUCCAUGGUCUAGGUGGUCCUUCAGAAGAACAUGACAUAGGAGAACUGGAGGGGGAAGAGGACGAGAGUUCUCAGCAAGCUUAGAACGAGACGACCUAGCUAGCAGGGGUCCCUUCAUAUCUCGUGAAGUUUGUCAUGCAACAAACUAAGAUCUCAGGAAUGCAAGCAUCAGGCCAAUAGUGAAAGCUGCCUUUUCUGCUUGCAGCCAAAGAUCCAAGGCUAUUAUUAGCAGUCGUUUAGUCUAGUCCUACCAGUCUGUAGACAAAGCACGUUUGACUCCCAUUAUCUUCUGGGCAAACGUCUCCCAAUUUAGAAUAUGUUAAAUCAGCUAACUUGGGACCUUUCAGAUGUGUGGAUGCUAAGAUUUCCAAAAUUCCCAGCCACAGGCAAUGCCAGCUUGGAGUUCUGGGAGCUGUUAUAUCCAACAUAGUUGGAGGACUCCAGAUUGGAGAUGAGGGGCACUUUGGUGUAAUGGUUAAAGGCGUGGAUUGGAAGCCCAAGGGACUGAAUUCUAGACAUGAGAGUCAGAAUAAGAGAGUUGGAGGGGACCUUAGUUGUCUUUUAGUCCAACUCUCUGCUUAAGCAGGAAAUCCUAUACCAUUAGACCAGCGGUUCUCAACCUGUGGGUCGGGACCCCAUUGGGGGUCGAAUGACAAUUUGCCAGGGGUCGCCUAAGACCAUCGGAAAUAUGGGAAGUAUACUUGCGAAUCGAAGAAUCGUGCUCCAAUGGUUGACUCCACAAGCCAGCUGCAGGCUCUUCAAAUCACUAGCCGAAUUCGGCUUCAGGCGCGAUGAAUUAAAAAAGAGAGAACUCUUUGCUCUGAUGUUUCCCUCUCAAGCCAGCAGCAAUCACUCCCAAUCGCUAGCCUAAUCUGGCUUCAGGCGUGAUAAACUUAAUAGGGGAGGAGUCUCCGCUUUAAUGCCUCCGUCCUCAAGGCAAUCGCAAGCAGUUCAGAUCGCUAGCCAAUACGGCUUCAGGCGCGAUAAAUUCAAAACGAAAAUAAUUUUAUUGUUGGGAUCGCCACAUCGUGGGGAAUUGUAUUAAAGGGGUCGCAGCACUAUAAAGGUUGAGAACCACUGCAUUAGACAAUGGUUGUUCGGUCUCUUCUUGAAAUCUCCAGUAAUGGACACCCACAACUUCUGGAGGCAAGUCGUUCCUCUGGUUUGUUGUCCUCACUGUCAGGAAAUUUCACCUUAGUUCUAGGUUGGCUCUCUACUUGAUCAGUUUCCAUUAUUGCUUCUUGUCCUGCCCUCACCCCACCCUUCUUUGUGGUAACCUCUCAGUCAACAUUUUGGGUCAAGUGUUCUAUCAACCCCUAGAAAGGAUUGAAUGGCAAACCUGGGCAAUGUAAAAAAAAAUUAAUACAAUAAAAAAAAGCACAUCUGAAAAUUGUUAAUUUUGUU